UUGACCGGAAACCCGGUCACCCGGUCACCUGGCCGGGCUGAGCCACACAUUGAACCGGAAAUGCAAUUGACCCAGAGAAACCCGGUUCACCCGGUCGGGUUUUGAUGAAAAUCGGUGACCAGUCACCGCCGAUACCCCCCUCAGCCAACCUCGUCUCUCCGUCACCCUCGUCGUCACUCUCCGCGGCGUCGUUCCUUCUCCCGGCCAUCACUGCUUCUCCCCUCACCUCGCCGUGCUCUGAGUUCAUCAAUCGGCCUCAUCAGUCAUCGCCGAAGUCACCAGUCACCGCCGAUACCCCCCCAGCCAACAUCGUCUCUCCGUCACCCUCGUCGUCACUCUGGGUUGUGCUUCUUGUGCUUCUACUCCGCUGCUUUUGCUUCUGUCCUUUCUUGGUGCCUCACCUGGUCGUCAGAAAGCUCAGAGCCUGUGCUCCCUUAGAAUUGAAUAUUAAGUUGACAAGUGAGAAAAGAAUAUAUUCUAAUGCUGAAGAUGAUUUUGGAAGACAAUCUGCACUGCGUGAACGAAGCACAGUGAUGCCAGACCAAUGGUGGGAAUCUUAUGGAACUGGAGCACCAAAUUUACAAAAGUUAGCCAUUCGUGUUUUAAGUCAAACUUGUAGUUCUUCUGGUUGUGAGCAAAAUUGGAGUAUUUUUGAACACAUCCACACAAAGAAGAGGAGUCGGUUAGAACAUCAAAAGCUUAAUGAUCUUGUUUUCGUUCAUUAUAACUUGAGGCUACAACAAAGGUAUCUUCUAUAA